UUAAAAUUGUCCUAAAGGCAAGGAGAAAUGAAGGAGUGUCUUUGGGAUUUGUGUGUUACUGUUUUGUCUUAUGGGGGGCAGUCUUAAGUGUUGUGGAGCAGGAAGUCUGUCUUUUUCUGUUGUAUGUCCUGUACACAACAUGUCCUGUAUUAUAAUUCUGUGUCUCUGGGGGCAUUAUUGUGAAAACUACAUCUGCUGCUUCCAUGAAAAGUUAUCACCUAAAAUAGAAUACGUUUAAAGAGCCCCUCACAUGAAACUGGGCUAUCCCUUCUCUGCUAUUUUUUUUCUUUACAAACAAAGGCCUUUUUAUUUAAAUAGGAAUUUCAAGAUUAAGUAGAUGUGUAGAACAAUAUUUAACAGGGUAAUGUGCUGCAUUUUUAUCAGUACUCUUAUAGAAGAUAGAAAGGAGAGGUUGCCCUCUCCCUUCGUUGGAAGAACUUUAUAAUUCCCGCUGCCCUAAGAAAGCUCAGAGCAUUAUUGGGGAUCCAUCUCACCCGGCAUUUUCUUUUCUUUUCUUUUCUUUUAAAUUAUUGCCAUCUGGCAGACGUAUGGGGUGAGAAAGACAAGGACAAACAGACUGAAGGGUAGCUUUUAUCCCAGAGCAGUGGCUAUGUUUAACUCCAUGGUUUCUUACUGAUGUGGCAUUGGGGGCUGUGUGAUGGUAUUGGGAGUGUGAUGAGAUGGAUGUGUUGUUUGUGGUGUAUGUGGGGGAAGGCAUGUAGUUUUGUUGUGCAAUAGCACAAUGACAAAUAAAGCUAUUCUAUUCUAGUUGGUAGCCUUUUAUUUAUCUGUCACUAAUCUUACUAAGUCGGAAAGAUAAAAGGCUACCAACUGCGAAACAAGAGGGUGCAUGAUGAGAGUACACUAUCAUUUAGUUGAGUAAUGCUGACCUUUCAUUAAUCUUACUGCAGAGAGAGCCAACAUGAUGAAGUUGUUUGUGUGUUGGAUUGCAAUUUUGGAGACCAGAGUUCACAUCCCCAUUUGGCCAUGAACAAUGGGGUGACCCUGAGAAGAUAUGUUCACUCAGCCUCAGAAAUCCCUAUGGAAUGUUUACCCUUGCAGAAGUUGCAUCUCUCAAUGACAUUCAGCCGACAUACCGUAUUCUGAAACCAUGGUGGGACGUAUUUAUGGAUUAUCUGGCAGUGGUUAUGCUCAUGGUUGCGAUUUUUGCUGGAACCAUGCAACUGACCAAAGAUCAGGUGGUCUGUUUGCCUGUGUUACAGUCAGCUGUCAAUGUGAAAAUACAGCCUACCCCCUUGGGAAGUGCCAGAGUAGUAAACAUCCCAGAAUCCGAAACCACAGUUGUUCAAGAUGAAGAAACACAGACAGCGACGACUGUUUCUUUCGAGAGAGCAUCAGUUGUUACACCCGACAUACCUCUGAGCCGAACUACCUUUCCACCAUUGUACUCCACUGUUCCAAAUCAGGAAGUGAAGAAAGAGCAGAAAGAUCCUCUGGGCCGAAAGACCAACUUGGAUUACCAGCAAUAUGUUUUUAUUAACCAGAUGUGUUACCACUUGGCUCUUCCUUGGUAUUCAAAGUACUUUCCUUACUUAGCUCUGAUACAUACUAUUAUUUUAAUGGUCAGCAGCAAUUUUUGGUUUAAAUACCCCAAAACAUGCUCCAAGAUCGAGCAUUUUGUCUCCAUCUUGGGGAAGUGCUUUGAGUCCCCUUGGACUACAAAAGCGUUGUCUGAAACGGCGUGUGAGGAUUCUGAAGAGAAUAAGCAGAGACUGACUGGGGCCCAGUCUCUGCCAAAGCAUGUGUCCACCAGUAGUGAUGAAGGAAGCCCAAAUGCCAGUACCCCCAUGAUAAACAAAACUGGUUUCAAAUUUUCAGCUGAAAAGCCCGUCAUUGAGGUCCCUAGCAUGACUAUUUUGGACAAAAAAGAUGGGGAGCAAGCCAAAGCUCUUUUUGAGAAAGUACGAAAAUUUCGGGCUCAUGUGGAGGACAGUGAUUUAAUUUAUAAGCUUUAUGUUGUUCAGACUGUCAUCAAAACUGUGAAAUUCAUAUUUAUUCUUUGCUACACAGCAAACUUUGUCAAUGAAAUCAGUUUUGAGCACACAUGCAUGCCCAAAGUAGAACAUCUAACUGGCUAUCAAGAGUUUGAAUGCACACACAAUAUGGCUUACAUGCUGAAAAAGUUGCUCAUUAGUUACAUCUCCCUCAUUUGUGUCUAUGGUUUUGUCUGUCUGUACACACUUUUCUGGUUAUUUCGAUUACCCCUGAAGGAGUACUCUUUUGAAAAGGUAAGGGAAGAGAGCAGUUUCAGUGAUAUUCCAGAUGUUAAAAAUGAUUUUGCAUUUCUCUUACACAUGGUUGACCAAUAUGAUCAGCUGUACUCCAAGCGGUUUGGUGUCUUUUUGUCAGAGGUGAGUGAAAAUAAACUGAGGGAAAUCAGCUUGAAUCACGAGUGGACUUUUGAAAAGUUGAGGCAGCAUGUGUCCAGGAACGCCCAAGAUAAGCAGGAACUGCACUUGUUCAUGCUGUCAGGGGUUCCAGAUGCAGUGUUUGAUCUUACAGACUUGGACGUCCUGAAACUUGAGCUAAUCCCGGAAGCAAAAAUCCCAGCUAAAAUCUCCCAGAUGACCAAUCUUCAAGAGCUCCAUCUCUACCAUUGCCCUGCAAAAGUAGAACAAACAGCCUUCAGCUUUCUUCGCGACCACCUGAGGUGCCUGCAUGUGAAAUUCACCGACGUGGCAGAAAUCCCAGCUUGGGUGUACUUGCUUAAAAAUCUCCGUGAGUUGUACCUGAUAGGCAACUUAAACUCUGAAAAUAAUAAAAUGAUAGGACUUGAAUCACUCAGAGAGUUAAGGCACCUUAAAAUUCUCUACGUGAAAAGCAAUUUGACCAAAAUCCCCUCAAACAUCACGGAUGUGGCACCACAUCUAACCAAGCUUGUAUUUCAUAAUGAUGGCACCAAGCUCUUUGUAUUGAAUAGCCUUAAGAAAAUGAUGAAUGUAGCAGAGCUAGAAUUGCAGAACUGUGAACUGGAGCGGAUUCCCCACGCCAUUUUCAGUCUCAGUAACUUGCAGGAGCUAGAUUUAAAGUCAAAUAGCAUACGCACAAUUGAAGAAGUCAUAAGCUUUCAGCAUUUAAAAAGACUGACCUGUCUGAAAUUGUGGCACAACAAAAUAGUCAACAUUCCUCCUUCCAUUACCCAUGUGAAAAAUUUGGAGUCCCUUUACCUCUCCAACAAUAAACUCGAAUCUUUACCAGCUGCAGUGUUCAGUUUACAGAAACUCAGAUGCUUAGAUGUAAGUUACAACUCCAUCGCAGUGAUUCCUGUGGAAGUAGGCUUGCUCCAAAAUCUGCAGCAUUUUCAUGUCACGGGAAAUAAAGUGGAUAUUUUGCCAAAACAGUUGUUUAAAUGCACCAAGUUGAGGACUUUGAGUUUGGGACAAAACUGUAUCACCUCGAUUCCAGAAAAGAUUGGCCAGUUGUUGCAGCUGACACAUCUGGAGCUGAAGGGGAACUGUUUAGACCGUCUUCCCCCUACGCUGGGGCUGUGUCGGCUUCUCAGGAAAAGUGGACUCAUUGUGGAAGAUCACCUCUUUGACACGUUGCCUUCAGAAGUCAAAGAAGCAUUGAAUCAAGAUACAAACAUUCCCUUUGCUAAUGGGAUUUAAGCUGAGGUUGAACUCCCAAGUAACUUAACACACACAAAAUGCUAAAGUACAUAUUGUUAUAAAAAAAUCCUGUGUUAAGUAUCUGGAACUCACUCACUUUCUAUGAGGAAAGACUGUUAGGGCUGGUAGAAGCUUGUUUGGUGUUUGUAGUAUUUUAAAACAUCAUUUCCAACAUUUUUGGAAGGGGAAGAGAAAGGGGGCGGGAAACCCUUCAGCAGUCUUGAUUCUUCUUUUCUUUUAAGAUGUUUGUAACUUGGAUGCUGCCGCUUUUGAAUGUUUACAAAUUGCUCGCCUGCUUAAUGUACAUGAUUAAACUGGUGACCUUUUUCUUACUAUAAAUAAUGUUUAAUGGCUCCAGUCAUUGUAGAGUUCCUUGGCAGACAAUCCAUUUUUUGUAUUUAAAAAAUCGGUUUGAUUUGUUUGGUGGCACUCAUCCAGCAAGAGGAAUAUAUAUGCACAUCCAGUAGUGAAUUGUUCGAUAUCAUUCUUGUAUCCCUUGUAUUAGGCCAGGGGUCCUCAAUCAAAGGCCCAAGGGUCAGAUGCAGCCCUCCAAGGUCAUUUACCAACCCACCCUAAACUUUAGACUUAGGGUUGCCUUGAAGGCACACAACAAAAACAAUCCUACUUAACUUGACUAUCUUAUCAGCCAAAAACAGGCCCACACUUCCCAUUGAAAUACUGGUAAGUUUAUGUUGGUUAAAAUUGUUCUUCAUUUUAAAUAUUGUGUUGUUUCAUGGUUUUGUUUUGUUUGUUUUUUUGCACUGCAAAUAAGAUGUGUGCAGUGUGCAUAGGAAUUCAUUCAUUCCCCCCCCCCCCCAAACUAUAGUCCAGUCCCCCAACAGAGAGACUGUGAACUGGCAGUUUACUUCAAAAGUUGAAGGACCCCUGCAUUAGGCAAUGUUUAUGUGUCUUUCUAUCUACUUUGCAGUAUGAAUGAGAAUGUUCCUCCUACUCAAGCUGUGUAAUCCUGUGCCCACUAAAUUCAACGAAGCUUAAUUUUGGGGAUGUAUAAGAAUUCACUAAGUCAUUAGUGACAUAACAUGUAGUACAUGCUGCAGUGUCUUCUAAAUGGCAGAUGGCACUGUGUUGCUUGUGAAGUAAUAUUUUCUUUGCUAGGCUCUUCUGUCACUGGCAAUCACUCAUGUCUGAGUUUUUUGUUUUUUUUUUCAUGUCAGGAGAAACUGCUAGUCGCGGGAAGAUAAUGGCGCUCCAUGCAGUCAUGCUGGCCACAUGACCUUGGAGGCAUCUAUGGACAACGGCAACACUGCAGCUUAGAAAUGGAGAUGAGCACCAACUCCCAGAGUUGGAAACCACUAGACUUAAUGUCAGGUUAAAGCCUUUACCUUUAACUACCUACCCUUUGAUCAGUAGGACCAGAAGCCCUCCGCCUGAAAUGUUCAUGGGAUGCAAUUCCCAUUCUGCCGCAGCACCCCCAUGCACAAGACAUUAUUCCAUACAAUAAGGUUAUCACAGCAAACUCAUACAUACAAAGUUCAAUAGUAAAGGCAGAAAGAGCACAGGCACAUAGAAACUUCAAGAAUCCCUGCUCACAUGAGUUCCAAAUCUCUUAUUCACACAGACUCAGAGAUACUUGUUAUAAAUAACCUGUGUCAAUCAACACAUUGAGGAACUCCAGAUGACAUGGUAACAGACUUCACAGACUUCCCUGGGGCAUGAGUUGACAUACAAACGAUGUAGCAAUGUCCACUUCAGGAUCACAUUUUUUAAAAAAAUAUGGGAGGAACUAUGUUAACCAACAACUAAUGAAGGCACAACAGCAUUUUCACAGGGCCAGAGAUUACCAUACAGAGCAUUGGGAUUGGGAAAAGGUGCUCAAUUAUGAAGCAAAGCCAGGGCACACAGGCUUAAAGCACUAGGCUUUGAGAUCAGUAGCAGUCACCACCAUCUGCCACCACCAUCCGUAAUCUUCUCUCUUUCCUCUCAAAGUGGGGGUGGGGGAGGAUUUUCCCAGCCAUGAUCUAUUGUGAGCUGCCAUGUGUGUUAUGCAAUGAAGAGCACAACCAACCUUGUAUGCAUUUGGAAGCUAAGGAGAAUCAGGUUUGAUUAGUACUUAGAUGGGACACCAUGAAGGAAUCGCAGGUAGUGCAAGGAAAACAUCCUUUCUGAAGCCUUAGUGAGCCAUUGUCAAACUUGGCUAACUGGACCAAUAGUCUGACUUAGAUUUCCCCAUUAGGAAAGGCAUAAUCCAAAAGCAGAGCACAUGUGAUAGUGUAGAGCUGGAGUGAAUCAGAGGAAACUAUAUGUCUUUUUGUUUUAUCCAUUCAGCCUUGUGUUGUCCACUUAAGAACACAAAAAGGAGUUUUCAUGGUGGGAACCAUUUCAAGCUGUACCAGGAAAGCAAGGAGUUAGACAAGGCUGCAUUUUAUUAUCCUAACUCUUUAAUGCUCAACAUAUACAGAAACCAGGAUUAGACUAGAGAAAUGAGACACGAAGACUGAAGGAAGAAACACCCAACAGUUUAAGAUAUAUAGAUACCUGGGCUCAAUCAGGAGAAGAAAUAAGGAGAAGGAUUAGACUUGGAAGGGCAACUAUGAACGAACUUGAGAACAUCCUCAAUGUAUAGAUGUAUCGGUAGAGAGAAAAGUUAGAGCCAUCCAUGCCACAGUAUUUUUAUUAAUACAAGGUUUGAAAGCUGGACAGUGAGGAAAAUCUGCAGUAGAAACAAGGUUCUAGAAGAGAAUUCUAUAAAUGCCAUAAGACGGCUAAGAAAAAAAAUCAAAUGGGUAUUCACAGCAAUCCCUGAGCUGUGACUGUUUGGCAAUAGUGAGGCUUGAGUAAUUUCUCUCUUCACAGCAAUCGGAAGACGUAGUCCUUAAAAAUUUAGCUGGGAUUAAGGUCAACUGAAUGCAAUAGGACAUUGAUAUUUACCUGUACAGGAUUAUAUGAUCAAUUCUUGCUGAGUGGCUCCUUUAUAGUAAAAUAAUAUCUGUAAGGGAAUAUUUGUUAUUCCAGCGUAGAACGUUUUUAAUAUGGAGCUUAGUUCUUGUAACUUUAUGGAUAAUCUCUGUGAUUUAACUUUAUGGACUAUCUCUGUGGUGUUUAUGAGCUGUGGAAGGAUUCAGGUUGGCCGUCAAAGGUCCAGAGGUUAGCUACUAUAGCUGUUGCUGUCUUGGUCCCAGUACUCAAAUCCCAUAAUGAUGUUGCUGUGUAAAUAUUCUCCUUCCAUCCCCUCCCAGAGCAUUUUGCAGCUGUGAGUGCUGUGAGACAACUGUUGUGUGAUGGUCAUUGGACAACAUGUGAGUAUUAUAACUCCUACUGUACUAGUUUAUAGUCUUCUAGAAUCUUUUAUAAUAUGUAUUUAUUUGUACAUUGUUCUAGUACUCAAGCUCAGGUAUGCUCAUUGAAAAGGUAAAAUGCUCUCAAGAUAACCAUAUUAUGAUAUUAUAUUACUCCUUCCAGUGGUAUGUAGUGACUUGAGUUUUUGACUAUGACUCUAGGAGACCAAGGUUUUGUGUCUCUGCUUAGCUGUGGAAACCCACUGGAUGAUCUUGGGGAAGUCACACUCUCAGCCUCAGAGUAAGACACUGGCACACCCCUAUGAACUAAUUCUGCUAUCAGCACCUUAGGUUCAAAAUAAGUCUGAAAUAAUUUGAAGACACACAACAAGAAUAAUAUUACCCCUUACAUAUCAGCAUAAUAAAUGACUAAUGCUGCUGCAGAUAAACCUACUAAACUUUAGUGACUAAAGGAAAAAGGAAGGUAGGUAGGUUGAUUGAGUGAUUGUUCUGGAAAGAUGGAGAAGAUUAAUCUUUGAGGGAAACCUUUUAUAUCAAAGGUGGACAAAGUGCAGCUCUCCUGUUGGUAUUGAACUGCAGCUCCCAUCGAACUUAACCAGUGGAUGGGAAUUGUGUCACACUUCACCAUGUAGAUGCUUUUAUUUUUGCUUUUUUUUUUUUUGUUCAUUCCCAUCUAUUCAGCUGGCCCAGCAGAAUCAUAGCUUCAUUAAGAGACUGAAAGCUAUUCUGAUUGAAUAUAUCAGGAAUGCAAAAAGUGCACUUGUCUUUCCAGACAUGCCCCAUAAAGUCUUUGUCUGCACCCCCACCAUUUUUCUGCUUCAUUGCUGGAACUGAGAAGAACAUCUCCAAAUGUGAUUGAAAGCAUGCUUCAGAAAUAGGGCUGAGUAAAGCUCCUUUUUCUCGAGGAGGAAAGAAAUUACAGACCAGAUGAGUACUUUAGCUGUGAAAUGAAAAAGCUGGCGACUAAUCAUUGCUCCCAAAAAGGGUCAUUAUGGUGCUGUUGCUGCAAAGAAGGUUACAAUUGCCGUCACACUGGAAAAUGAGCAAUAUUGAAAUGGAUUGCAUGGCGCCAACCUACUCCUUUUUCCUUUGUGAAUCAGAGGCUCCAGGGUGAAUAGAUAAUCUGAGUUGUUUGGUAGAGAGCAUGCUGUGUUGUUCUUUCUUUGGGGCUGAUUUGUUCAAACCACAUUCAUUGACAGCAUCCAUUUCCAAAAUCACUGUUGGACCCAUGACUCAUUUGUAAGGCCCUCUUCCCAGGUGUUGCCAUGUGGUCCAGGCUCACAGAAAAGCACCCACAACUGUGCACAGUGGGAUAUUAAAGAAUGCUUUCCCCUAUCAUUCUGGUAUUUUUAAAAGCUCAUUUUAUAUGGAGAAAGGUUGAGUAGCACAGUUCUGCUCCCACAGAGAACUCUGGAGUAUUUCACUAUUGAAAGAAGCUGAAGGAAUUGGAAGAAAAAGUUAAAAUGUUCCGUAAAAGAUUAUUUUUCAUUGAAAUGAUUAUGGUAACUACAGUCAUCUCUCCACAAUUGCAGAUUUGAUUAUUCAUUGAUUUUUUUAAAAAAUGUUCCAUCUGGUUCAUCCAGUGUGACUCAUGGUCAACUUCCUCCAGUCAUCCUGGAGAACCUAGAGAAUUCUAGAGAACAUCUCUCUUGAAAUCGCUAGUUACUCAAAUGAAAUUCUGUGGUCAGCUGGCCAUAGAGUCGUGCUAGUAAAACUAAAUAUUCCUAGAGAGUUAGAGUAUUAGUAAAAAAAAAAAAAAAGCAGUUGCUUUUUCAUGGUUUUUCACUUUCAUAGGGGUCCUCUGCCUCUAACCCCAGCAAAUGUCUGGGGUUGACUGUGUCAUGUAUCACAAAGUUUUCAAGAAAAAUAAAUGUUAUUACUGUUGUCCUGCUGUACUGUGGCCAUGUCUCAUGGAAGAAGAAAUCAUUAUAGUCUCAGCUCCUCCUCUCCUAACACUGUGUAGGAAAUCACUUUAAGAGCGAUGGAGCACCAGAAAGUCAGAUGAUGGUUAUGGCUUUACUUGAAGAGGAUCACAAUUACUACUGUGCGGCUAGAAUGUGCAAAUCAGUGAUACUCUGACUCUGGCUCAGUUCCUUCCGCCCCAGAUUACCCUAAUUUUGUCCCCAAGCCCCUUUGCAAGCAAUCACUUCAGACUUCAGGACUCCUUGGGAUGAUAAGAAAGAAUUAAGAGUUUUGGUUAUGGUUUCACUUUCAAAUGGUUUCAGUUCCACCUGUAUUUUCUAUUUUUUAAUCAAAUGACCCUUUGGAGAAUUUUUUCGCCCUUGGUGCCACAGGAACAUACAAAUCUAGAGCACUUAUCACACAAAACAGGAACAUUGCAAUUACAGGAACUUUGUAAACAUUCGUUAGUUGGAAGUAUUGAUUACAUCUCAUGUCAGUAUUCCCUGAUCUUACAGAAGAGUCAUAACGUUGUGGAAAUAAAAAUGUAUAGUGAUUCUGUUGCAGGUUUUAUUCCAGCUUUUAGUGGAACUAUCCAAGAUGAUUAAUCUAUUUUGAGAAGAGGGUUCAGCAUCUUGGAUAGGUCCUAUGAUGUAAAAAAAAAAAAUUGAUUCAUUGCAUUGCAACAUGGAAACUUCUGUUACAGUGGUUCUCAACCUGUGGAUCCCCAGAUGUUUUGGCCUACAACUCCCAGAAAUCCCAGCCAGUUUACCAGCUGUUGGGAUUUCUGGGAGUUGAAGGCCAAAACAUCUGGGGACCUGCAAGUUGAGAACCACUACUUUGAUAUCUUCUGAGUUGCACUCUGCAUAUAUGAUAUUAUUUGAGAAAUCAGAGUGGAGCCACAAGGGAUUAAUCCAUUUGGGAAAGAUAGUUAUUCAAUUAAACUUUAGUCUGUAUGGACAGAUUUGCAUGUUUUUCAUGUUGUCCAAGACUGCUCACAAUACCAGGAAUAAUAGAACAAAAGCAGGAGAGGGCUGUGGCAUUCCUGUGCUGCUCAUGAGCUGGGUGGAUAUGUGUUUGGAUAUCCAGCAUGCCUCCAUUGAUGGUUUAAAGACUGUGUUCUGUUAAAACAUCCUUACAUUUCCUCAGAGCUUUUAAAACCAUUUUUUUGCUUACAACUCACAAAAACAUCCAUUUGGCAUGGCUAUAAUCCAUGGUUUUAGAUAAAAUUUACUUAACAAGAUGACUAAGACAUCAGCCACUAUACAUGAAAUAAGUUCUUUCAUAUGUCUCAAAGAAGUACAGCAUAAUCCUUGUAUCCAUGGGGAAUAAUUUCCUGGAUUUACCCUGGAAAUGUGAAGUUGCAGGUAGUGGUGAACCCUACUGAAAUGACUUCUGGCAGAAGUGUAUAAUACAAUUACAUUGGAGGAUGUAGAAAAUGUCUGGAAAUAAUAUUUCUCUAGAAUUUCUAGGUUCUCUGGUCAAUGUCUUGCACAAGCAUAUCAUAAACUUUCCCUGGAGGAUCUAGUAAAUAUUUAGUGAUAACAUUUUUUGAAAACGUGCGUGGCCUGUGGAUACAUGGGUGAUACUGUACUCCCAAGUGAGAAGACUGGUGAAGAUUGAUUCAUAGAUUAACACUGGCCUUAAUAGAAAUUAUAGGGGCUGAAUCAUCAAAUUCCGUGCAUCAAGCAAUCAAGCGUAUGCUUCUUGGCACUUUCUAACGCAGUGGUAGAAAUCCUGUUGCCCUCCAGUUACAUUGAGCUGCAACUCUGAGCAAUCCCAGCCAAUUUAUCCAAUGGUGAAGAGUCCUGGGAAUUAUAGUCCUGCUACAUCUGGGGAACCGCAUAAUCCUAAUGCUUGAUUUAAAUUACUAAAGAAAGCAUAGAAGGCAUUACAUUUCUGUUUGUCCCUCCUCCACACCUGAUUUAAUAAUUUCAUUAAUUAUUAGUGGGAGCAGCUUGCAUUUCACAAACUCACCAGAACACAAAACACCUUUUAUUGGCAAGUCUCUUUUGGCUUUUACAUCACAUCUCACUACUUUCUCCCUUUAAAGGACCAGGAAGCAAGUGGCUAAAUGAAACAUGAGAAGAAGCUGGUUUAGACGUGACCUUAUCCACAAUUUCAGUUUGUUUUUGUUUGGGUUGGAUUCAUCUUAAGCGCUUGGGGGCUGUUGUGUCUUCUGUGAAAUUCCUAAGCAAUAUUCUCAUUCCCUCUAAUAGUCAAAGAGACUUGCUUUUCAUCCACAGUUAAGGUAACAACAUGGGGACACUCGCAGAGUGGGAUAAGAAAUGAGGUAGCUUAUGCAGAAAAAAGUCACAGAGCGAACUAAGGAUAGAGGGAACAAAAUAACAUCCCUUCUCUCUGCAAUGAAAUAGACUUGCUGUAUUCAUGUUACAAUGAAAUUAGAGUAUGAACAGUUUUUUUAAAAUGCCUACAGCUGGGGAAUCUACCCCAUUCACAGCAAGAGUUUCUAGGAACUGCAAAAAGUAACUUUCCCAUUGUUGUUGUUUUGUUCAUUUAUACCUUGCCCUUUCCACAACAGUCCCCAAGUUAUGAACAAGAUAGGUUCUCCAUGGGGCCGGGCUGUAGCGCAGGCUGGUAAACAGCUGCUGCAAUAAAUCACUCUGACCAUGAGGUCAUGAGUUUGAGGCCAGCCCGUCGUGGGGUGAGCACCCAUCAAUUAAAAAUUAAAAAUAUAGCCCCUGCUCGUUGCUGACCUAGCAACCCUAAAGAUAGUAGCAUCUAUCAAGUAGGAAAUAAAGUACCACUUAUAAAAAAAGUGGGGAUGCAAGUUUAACUAAUUUACAACGUUGGAAUGAGGAAGUGAGGAAGUGCCAUCAGAGUGGAUGAUGCUGCUCCCCCCUGUGGCCGGAAUCGAACAUCCCCUCAGGAGAAGGUUAAAUUGCCUCUGCGUCUGUCUGUCUGUUGUCUUUGUCUCGGUUCGAUGUGUUUAUGGACAUUGAAUGUUUGCCCUAUAUGUACAUAAUGUGAUCCACCCUGAGUCCCCUUCGGGAUGAGAAGGGCGGAAUAUAAAUACUGUAAAUAAAUAAAUAAAAUAAAUAACUUUUCCA